GAGUCACUUCCUGCAAGCGGCGGGCGGGGGGCCUCCUCGGAGAGCUGGUGAGUCGCCUUCUCCCCCCCCCCCCGGGUGCAUUGGGGGAGGGGGUCCCAGGGCUGCGGGGGAGGUGCAUGGGGGGCUGUUCGGCUCAUGCAUGCUGGGGACCCCCAAGUUUGGCAGCAGAGGGGCCUUCCCCUUCCUCUCUGCAAAGCCAGGGAGGGGGCACUUUGCAGGAGGUCUGCAACUAUGUUCCUCCUUUGUAUCAAUGCGCUGCUCGCGGGCACGAAGGUAAACCCGAACCCGUUUCAGAUUUAUAAACCAGUCACGUUUGUCAAUAGAGGUUGCAGCCAGACGGAAACAUUCAGAUGUCAAAUGCACCCAAACAAUAAACACAACCUAACCUGUGCAGAAAAUGACUAAGGAAUGCAUGGAUGAGGAAGGCGAUGGGGGCAUAGCUGUCAACUUUUCCCUUUUCUUGCGAGGAAUCCUAUUCGGAAUAAGGGAAUUUUCCUUAAAAAAAGGGAAACGUUGACAGCUAUGCAUGGGGGGCUCCUAGCCAGGAUGGCCAGUCGGAGACAGGGAUGCUUUUGAAUCCCAGUUGCUGGAAAAGCCGCAGGCAGGGAGAGAGAUGCUCUUGGGCUCGGAUCCGCCUGGUGGGCUUCCCAGAAGAGGCCCCUGUGAGAACAGAUGAGGGGACUCAAUGGAGCCCCCUUGGCCUGAUCCUGCAGGUCUCAUCUUCUGUUCUGAUGUUCCUCCAGAUGCAAGCGAAAUCUCUGUUGCUUCUGCGCCCCCAACCCCUCCAUCAGACAGGAGUGUUAUCCAGACUCUUGGGUGACACACGUGUGCCUGUUCAGACAUGCAACCUCUCAGGUGUCCAGACACCUCACUCUGAGGGGGUGGCUCCUAGCAACUCCCAGCAUCCUUAAGAAACUACAGUUCCCGGGAUUCUUUGGAGGAAGCCGGGACUCUUCAAAGUGGUCUGAUCCUGCUUUGCAGAUGCAGCGCAGAUGAGGGGUGUGUGUGUGUGUUGCCUUUUUCUUUUCUUUUUGGAAGAACUUUUAAUUGAGUUUUAUAAACAAGGUUUGUAGAAGGAAUAAAGGACACAAAUAAAUAGGCCAAGUCUUCUCAUGUCAUUUGUAUAUCACAAAAAUAGCGUAAUAGAUUUGCACGGAAAUCUGCAACAUUAUUAGUGGUCAAUGGAUGAGUUGUAGGUUUGUGAAUUGGUUUAAACGGAAACAAAGGGGAAACGGAGUUAACAGAUAACAGUCAACGGCCAAACACCUAGUCAAGAGCCAAUGUGCUUUGGUUAAAUGUGCUUUGGUUAAAUGUGAGUAAUAGUCAUUUUUCUUCUUAUGUUACCAAAGAAACCAUAUAAAGAGGAGGUAUGGUAGACAUUGUCAAAUAUCUGAAAGGCUGUCACAUGGAAGAUGGAGCAAGCUUGUUUUCUCCUGCUCCAGAGGGCAGGACUCGAAUGAAUGGCUUCAAGUUAAAAGAAAGGAGAUUCCAAACUAAACAUCAGGAAUUAUCUUCUGGUGGAAAGAGCUGUUUGUCAGUGGAGUGGUCUCCCUUGGGAGGUGGUGGACUCUCCUUCUUGGAGGUUUCUAAGCAGAGGUUGCCUGGCCAUCGGUCAUGGAUGCUUUAGCUGAGAUUCCUGCAUUGCAGGAGGUUGGACUGGAUGACCCUCAGGGUCCCUUCCAACUCUACAAAUCUAUGAUAAAGUGUUAGUCUAUUGAUGAACGUGGGAGGGAGGUUCAAAGCAAAGGUAAUACUUUAUGUUUCAAUUUAAAUUCAGAUCAACCAGAUUGAGCCAAAUUCUCAAAAGUUUGCAAAUUUGAACAAGCUCCAAGCCUGUUUCUUGAUUCUCUCCACGUACCUUGAGGCUAUUUUCCCACAUGCUUGAAGCUUUAGGCUUUGUACUGGAUGUUGUUUUGCCUAUUUUUUGUCCUGCUGCUGCAUUUCUAUGAUUCUAGUAGACUUUAUCUUUUUUCCACGCUGGAGGCUUUAUUAGUGUAGUAGUUUGUUAUUAUUAUUGCUAUUGUUACCACUGUUCCAUUUGUUACCCAGAGCAGCUUACAACCAUUUAAAAAUAUUUUUAAAAGUCAAAACAAAUAACAAUCACAGGAAUAGGCUGGGUCCUGAAAACACACGUCUCCGUUGUCAGAGGCAUUGGGAAAGAGGGAAAGGUGCCUGGGGUGCCUCUGUGGGGAGGGAAUCCCCCAAGGGGGGGUCUGCCCCCAGGGUGCCCUCUCUUGGGACACCCCCACCCAAGACUCUCAAGGGGGUGAAGCUACCAAGAGGGCCCCCCUUGCCAAAUUUCACAGCCAAGAGGGUCUGUGGGGAAGAAGGUGGUUCUUCACAUAUCUGGGGGCCAAAGUGAAGUCCUCCUGUGAGCACUUUGAAUUGGACCUGGAAAUGAAGGGACCACCAAUGCAGCUGUUUUGAAACAGGAAUUAAAUGUGUUCUCAAGGGUUGUAAUUGGGGGUGGGCUUCAAUGAGGAGGGGAGGACCCUUGGAUGCUCCUUGGAGAAAAAGGGGGGAAGGAAAUGCCCUUCAUAAAGAAAGGGAACCCAGCCAACAAUCCGGCUUCUGCAAUUUGGAGCGGAUUCUGAACUGUGCUGGGCCCCAGGGGUAGCCCAAGUAAUACGGUCCAGGUCCGUUCCUGAAUCCAAGGAAUCCGUGAGGAGUCAGUCCGACAGGGCCAAGGCAGGACACGAGGCAGGAAACCAGACGAGGUCAGGCGCAGGAUCUGGCAUACAGCAACAUUGCUCCCGCAACCUGGGGCGGGGUCCGACAGCCUUUUAUCUCUGUCGGGGUAACGGCCGGUCCUGAUCCCCUGGCGACUCACCUCCCUGUUUCACCCGAAGGUGAGCACUCCUCCUGCGAGUACUCAGGUCUCUCCUUCUCUCAGACCUCAGUCUCUGCAGCUCAGGAGACAUCGGAGUGUUACUAGACCCAGAGGCCGCCUCAGCCUCCCUUGACCCAACCGGUAGUGGAGCAGCUGUAAGUGAUGGCCCAGCUGGAGGCAAUGAGGUAAUCCCUGCAUCUAGAGCCAGGGCAGGAUCAGGCCCCUAACUCGGCCCAGCUGGUGCUUGUUGCAGGGGAACCUGUGCAGACUGGGGCUCUUCAGAAUCAGGCCCCAGACUAGGUUCAGAUGCCGCCUGUGGCAAAGGAUUUGGUGUGGACUGAGACUCCUCUGGCUCCGAGUCCGAGCCCAAGUCCCAGGCCAUCAUAUGAACCAUCCUCAAGAGCAGUUCCACAUAGAGGGCAUUGCGAUGAUCCUAUCUGAUCCACAGCAGAGAGUACCCUGGCCAUGUCAUCUCUGCUCCAAGGGGACAGUGGUUGGCAAACUAGCCAGACCUGGAAAGGAACACUCAGUGACCAUUCUGGAUCCAGGAAAAGCCCCAAACAUAUAUGGCUGCACGUGGGUUAAGCUAUGCAACAUUAUUAUUAGUAGUAUUAUUAACCUGCUGUUUAUCCUAAGUACCCUGGGCAGACAACCACGUUAAAGCACAAUAGCAAAAACAGUUUAAAACUUACAACCACAGAAAGGAGAGACCUUCUUUACUUGCUCUCUAGCGCUGCCCUUUGGCCUCACCUACUUGGCCCUCAUGGGGUGGGUUGGAUAAGGAGAAAGAAAAAGAGACGCCGCCGAAGUCGUCUGUCUUGAGAACUUUGCAGAAGCCAAGGGCUAGAAAAUCAGGAAGAAGCGGCAAAGAAAUGGGCCCUGAAUUGGGGGAGGGAGCAACCCUGGAGAACCCCAGGGCUAGGAAACCCACAUUUUAGGAGGGCUAGAGUCUUUUCUUCUUUUUUGUGUUGAAGAAAUCUCAGAAUCUGUGAUGUGGUGGAGUCCAGGCCUGGUUCCUAGUGGGACUCAUCCACGCUUGUUCAGAGAACAUUUCCCUCUCCUGACAGUGUAUUUGCUUUGUAGGAUUUGCAGAGCCAGCAGUUCAGGCAGUUCUGCUACCAGGAGGCCAAAGGACCCCAAGAGAUUUGCAGCAGGACUCCACCACCUUGACCAUCAGUGGCUGAAGCCAGAAAGGCACACGAAAGCCCAGACGCGGCACCUGGUGAUCUUGAAGCAGUUCCUGACUGUCCUUCCGCCAGAGAUGGAGAGCUGGGUGAGGGAAUGUGGAGCGGAGACCAGUUCCCAGGCAGUGGCCCUGGCCGAAGGAUUCCUCCUGAGUCAGGCAGAGGAGAGGAAGCAGGCAGAGCAGCAGGUGAGAGAGACUGUCCUCUGGAGACUUCCAAGGGGCUCUGAAUGGUAUGAGAGAUGCAUCAUUUUUUUGUGUCUGCCACCCUUUUUCUAAUCCUGCUCUCUAUUCUCUUUUUGGAAUCUUGGUUGCUCUUUCAGGGAAAGGAUCCAUUUGCAGAAAUGGGCCCUGAUUCCUCUGAGGCAGAGAGGGCUGCACUGGACACCAGAGAGAGGCCACUGGGUAAGGAGGAAGGAGUUUCUUCUCUACUUAGCCCACAUUCUUUGGGUUUUGAAACGAAUCUCUAAGUCCUUUUAAUCUUUUUGGAGAACACGCUUGAUGGCCUGUGAGGGACAAUGGAGCCAGAGCGGAGUGUGGGGCUGCAGUGCCUCUGAGGCUCCAGCAGAGGGCGGGAGCCUCUCUGUCUCUGAUUGGCUGCCAGCCCUUUUGGAGGGAAAUCCAAGGAGCCCUUUCUGAGGGAGAGAGUUGGGCAGGGCCUGAUCAGAGAGGGGAAGUGAGGAUUAUAAAACAAUAAUAGUAAUUGCUAUUAUUCAGAGAGGCUCUGUCUGGGGGAGAACUGGCUCUGAUCUGAGAGGAGAAGGAGCCUCGCAGCAGCUUAGACAGGAAGACGACCCAGUGGAGGGUCUGGGGAGAAUAUGGAGGCAGGAAUUAAUCUGGCAGGAGAGGCAGGAGAGGGAGAAGCUGUGAGAAGAUGGACUAAACCAGGGUCUCCUUCCAGUCAGGAGGGGAGAGAUCUGCUAGGAAAAGGAGACCCCCAAACCAAGAACAAGGGCUGAGAGGAUCCCCUGUGUCUGUGGGAAAUCCCUCAGGAGUGGGAUGGCUAAGAGAGGCGGACGAACGAAAAAUGCCCCUCGCUCAGGAACCAAAGUAUUAGGCUGAGAAGGAAGGUGUGUUGUAUUAAAAGUCAUAAAUAAGUAAAGAAAUGAGAGAGAAGAAACAGAAACCGAGUUAAGCCUUUUACCUCCUAUGGUAGAAACCUGAACAUUUAACUGAAGUGCAGCAAGUGAGCUUUUAGCAACUGAAGUUUAAGAAAAGCUGUGCAUAUACUUCAUUGAUAUCUUUAUAUUUAGUUUAAGUAAUAACUUUUAUUUGAAAGGACAUAUCUCCUGACCCGAAUUUCCCCCCACAAACCUCUUCUUUUUGUUCAGCUCCUUCCUAAGACUCUAAAUCAUUUAUGUUUCCCCUCAUACAAGAUACUCACAAGGUAACCUGUGGGAAAUUGCAGAAAUUCGUGUAAUUUGCAUACCAUGAGGUGGGUCUGGUAUAUUUAAUGGGGGGCAGUUAGUGGAGUGAAUCCACUCCUUUAUUAGUUGAUGGUCACUGGUGGGAUCCAAGAGCCCAAAGCAGGGUGCAUCAAUUUUCACAUAACUAAAAUAUGAAAUGGCUCCCAAUGUCCAAAUGCCCUCGGCACGUGAGGCUUUUUCUGUGGCCCAUCUCUCGUUCGCCAUGCACAGCUCCACCUCUGACUUCUCAUUCACCUUUCUGUCUCACAGAUGGCGGAGGAAUUCUGGCAAGACCGCCUCAUCCAUCUUUUCUUGGUGGCGGAGGAGAAGUCGCGGCUGUGGAACCAGAUGAGGUGUGGAGAAGGAGCAUUGGGGGGCGGGGAAAGAGGCUGAGAGACGGGGCAGCCAGAUUGCCUCUGGGCCUGAAUGAAUCUCCUUCUCUUGGCUUCUGCCCUUAAAGGCUUAAAAUGCCAUUCCAGAUGGCUUAUGUGCUGAGAAUAAGGAACAGCCACCUCAUCUUAACUAGCCUUCUAAAUGUCACUAGUAUUAUUUGUCACUAGCUACAAUUUUAUUUCUAUAUUUGUUGAAUGCUAAAAUAGGCUUCUGAGCAGCUGACAACACGGAAAAAACAGUGGCCAGGAUUCAUCUAACCAUCUCCCUUAGUUUCACAUCAGAGAUUUCCCUUCCCCAUGCCCCUGUGCACCCCUUGACUUUGGGGCAUCAGGACAGUUUGCUCACCCCCACCCUUGCACAGGGAGAGAAUACUUGAUUUGAAUAACACAAUGUGGAGUUCCCAUUUACAACAACAUUAACACACUUCAUUCAAAUACACAGUAAAAGAACUCCAUUAAGAUGUUAAAAUAAGCAUCCAUGCUUAAAAUGUGCAGCAAAACAACCCCAUUAAGGCAAUGCAGCAGUUACCAGGCAGAAAACAUCAGAGCAAUGUGUAGUAGAUGAUGUUUAUGCUGUUUAAGAGGGCGACAUUUCCCUUUUUCUUGUAGGGUUCUGUUUGCUUUGAAGAUGUAGCUGUUCGUUUCACAGACGAGGAGUGGGCAUUGCUAAAUCCUGACCAGAGAGCUCUGCAUAAGGAAGUCAUGGAAGAGAAUUGUGGGAUCUUGGCCUCUCUAAGUAAGUCUCUGUGUUGGAUCAUGAUAUCUGAUUUGAAAUUCAGUACGUAUCUCCUUGUGAGACAGCUGCAAGAUUUUGAUGUAGCUCAACAGCACCACCUACAGCACCUGGGGUUCUAAUAGCACCACAGCUCACCUGGAAUGGAGGACUAUCAACUGUUUGGCUGUGUAUAGUCUUCCUCCAUUUAUGUCUUUUUAAGCAAUGAUCAGGCUGGUCUGAACUAACCUGGCCUUUUUAAAUGUAGGAUUCAGAGUAGUGAGGGAAGUUAACAUAGCUUCAGUCAGGUUUUACUAAAAAGUGAUAGAAAAAAAAUAAACAAAGAGAAGACUGACAGUGGAGACGUAGCAGAUUCCGUGAAUGGACCAAACAAAACCCAUCUAGGAGAAGAUCUAGGCUUUUCAAAUUUCAGAUUCCCGUUAUCUAGGGCUCCAUUUCUUCCUGAGGUUCUAAUCCAUUUUUCCCCCUUGCAGGUGACGAUAAAUGGGAAAUUGAGAACCAGGGAGAAUAUGACAAAAUACACACAGUGGAUAAACCAUAUAACUAUUUGGAGCGUGAAGAAAUCUUCAGUCACAGCUCCCAUUAUACUUCUCAUCAAAGAAAUCCCAUUGAAAAGAAACUCUAUCCAUGUUUGGAAUGCGGAAAGAGCUUCAGUAAAAGGGCCCACCUCACAGCCCAUCAAAGAACUCACACUGGAGAGAAACCUUAUCAGUGCUUAAAAUGUGGAAGGAGCUUCAGUCGGAACUACCACCUCACAGCCCAUCAAAGAACCCACAGUGGGGAGAAACCAUAUCAGUGCUUGGAAUGUGGAAAGAGCUUCGCUCAGAAGUUAAGUCUUACAACCCAUCAAAGAAUUCAUACUGGGGAAAAGCCAUAUAAGUGCUUGGAAUGUGGAAAGAGCUACAUUCAGAAGUUCAGUCUCACUUCCCAUCAAAGAACUCAUACUGGGGAGAAUCCAUAUCAAUGCCUUGAAUGUGGGAAGAGCUUUCAUACAAGCACAAAUUUCCGUCGACAUCAGAGUAUUCACCGUGGGGAGAAACCAUAUCAAUGCUUGGAAUGUGGCAAAAGCUUUAUUCGGAAAUCUCAUCUUACUAUCCAUCAAAGAAUUCACAGCGGUGAGGAACCAUAUCAGUGUUUGGAAUGUGGAAAGAGCUUCACCUGGAAGGAAAGUCUCACUUCGCAUCAAAGAAUUCAUACAGGGGAGAAUCCAUAUCAGUGCUUGGAAUGCGGAAAGAGCUUCUGUAAGAGGGCCAAUCUUACAGUCCAUCAAAGAAUUCAUACAGGUGAGAAACCCUAUCAGUGCUUGGAAUGUGGAAAGGGCUUCACCCAGAAGGAAAGUUUUAAUUUCCAUCAAAGAAUUCAUACAGGGGAAAAACCCUAUCAGUGCUUGGAAUGUGGAAAGAGCUUUGGUACAAGCGCUUACUUUGUUCAACAUCAAAGUAUUCACUGUGGUGAUAAACGGUAUCAGUGUUUGGAAUGUGGAAAGAGAUUCACUUGGAAGGAAAGUCUCACUUCCCAUCAAAGAAUUCAUACAGGGGAGAAACCAUAUCAGUGUUUGGUAUGUGGAAAGAGCUUCAGUAAGAAGGCCAAUCUUACUUCCCAUCAAAGAAUUCAUACAGGGGACAAACCUUACCAGUGCUUAGCAUGUGGAAAGAGCUUCAAUCAGAGAACCCAUCUGACAGCCCAUCAAAGAAUUCAUACAGGGGAGAAACCCUAUGAGUGCUCAGAAUGUGGAAAAAGCUUCAGUCGGAAGGAAAGUCUCACUUCACAUGAAAGAUUUCACAGAGGGGAGGAACCAUUUAAAUGUUUGCAAUGUGGAAAGAGCUUCAGCCGGAAUGCUCAUCUCACUUCACAUGAAAGAAUUCACAGCGGAGAAAAACCUUUUCAGUGCUUAGAAUGUGGGAAGAGCUUCAGUCGGAAAGAAGGUCUCACUUCCCAUCAAAGAAUUCAUACAGGGGAGAAACCAUAUCAGUGCUUGGAAUGUGGAAAGAGCUUUAGUCAGAGGUCCCAUCUCACAGCCCAUCAAAGAACUCACAACGGAGAGACUCAUGGAAUCAUAUUAUUGUAGAAUUGAAAGGCACCUUGGGCGUCAUGCAGUCUAACCCUCCUUAGUUGAGGAAACUCAACUAAAGCAUCCAUUGCAGGUGGCUAUCUGCUUAAAACCUCCAAGGAAGGAGAGCCCCCAUCUUCUGAGGGAGUCCAUUCCAAUGUUGAACAGCUCUUAUGAUCAGAAAGUUCUUAUUUAUGUGUCAAGGUAAUCUCCUUUCUUGUAACUUGAAUCCACCAAUAUUGAUCCUAUCCUCCAGAGCUGGAGAAAUCAAGCUUGGUUCAUCUUCCAAGAGACAGUACUUUAGAUAUUUGAAGAUGUCUAUCAAAACUCCUCCUAGUUUCCUCUUUUCCAGGUUUAACGUACCCUGCUCCUUCAACCGUUCCUCAUAAGGCUUGGCUUCCAGACCUGUUAUUACCUUGGUCACCCUCCUCUGCACACAUUGCAGCUUGAUGUAUCCUUAAAUUGUGGCUUCCAGAACUGGACACAGGACUCUAGGCGUGGUCUGACCAAACCAGAAUAGAGUGGUACUACGACUUCCCUCGAUUGGGACACUAGAUUUUUGUUGGUAACAGCCUAGAAUAGCAUGAGGGGUUUUUUACCGCUGCAUCACACUGUGGACUCAUGUUAAGCUUGUGGUCUGCUAUGAAUCACCUAGAUCCUUUCACAUGUAAUAUUAGCAAUCCAGGCGUCUCCCAUUUUAUCUUUGUGCAGCCUAAGUGGAGAACCUUAUGUUUGACCUUAUUGAAAUUUCAUCUUGUUGGUUUCAGCCCAGUUUCCCAACCUGUUAAGGUCAUCUUGAAUCCAGAUUCUCUCUUCUUCAGUAUUAGCUACCCUAUUCCACCCCACUGGUUUGGUGUCCUUUGUAAAUUUAACAAGCAUUCUCUCAAUUCCUUUGUCUGAGUCAUUUAUAAAGACAUUGAACAAAAACAGGCGCAGGACAGAACCCUGUAGCAUCCCAGUUAUUCCUUUUUUCCAGGAUGACGAGGAACCAUUAGUGGGCACUCUUAGGUUUUGGUCAAUCAACCAGCUACAAAUCCCGCAUUUUACCAGCUUGUAUACAAGAGGGUGAUGAGCAAUUUGGCAGUGCUGGUGAGUUAGCCAUCAACCCUGAGCUCUUCCUUGGAGAAGCUGACAAACAAUUCACGUGCUUCCAAGAGCCUCCAACUUGCAAAUUUGUGGUGCUCCUGGCUGCAGCUGUCUUCCUUGGCAUGUCCAGGAUGGUGGUGGUGCCACCUUGAGCUCUUCUUGGUUUCUGCUGAACACACACAGGACAUCUUCCAGAAAAGCCAGGAGUUCCCUCUGUGAGAAGGGUAGGUCAAAGAUUCCUUUGCUGCUGUCCUCCUUUGAUUCUUCAAAGUACAUUCCGAGAGGAUGCAAGGAGCAAAUAAUUGUAUCCACGAGGAAGAAUGAGUUUUGUGUUCAUUGUACUCAAAGGUGGUUGGGAGCAACAGCAAGCACAGUUUAUUUGCUUCGGCCAACUCCAUUUCUCAUCUGCACAUGUCUGACCCAUGGAAGAUGGCUUAGAUUGAACCAAGAUUCUGAAUGACAGUGCAAAACCUGACAUUUGUCCUUAUUGAAAUUCAUUUACUGCAUUUAUAUGCCGCCUUUUUCUCCAGGGAGCUCCAGGUGGUGUCACACGGUUCUCCCCCAAGCUCCUUUAAUCCUGACAAUAACCUUGUGAAGUAGGUUAGGCUGUGAAGCGGUGACUGGCCCCCAAGGUCGCCCAGUGAGCUUCAUUGCCAAGUGGGGAUUUGAACCCACUUCUCCCAGGUUGUAGCCUUGACACACUAACCACUAAACCACACUUCCUCUCUAAUGAGCCUCUCUGAAAAUGUGCAUGUGUGUGCAUUUCCUUAAAGUUUGCCCGUGAUGUUGUGGUGUUUGUAUAAGUUGUAUACACAUGUAAUUAAUAUAAUAAUGGUAAGUACAGUAUAAUAGUAGAUUUAAGGUAGUGUUAGGUAGGGAGAUGGGGAGAAUGAAUUUGGAAUGCUGGGGGUGAGAGGUGAUUGGACGAAAGUUUUAAGGGGGAUUUGAAUAACUACAACAUAACAAAAGUAGUGAUGUACAAUAAAUAUACAAGAUCUAAAAUAGAGAUACAAAAAAUCAACAGCAAGAACCCCCCUCAAAAACUCCCAAGCCCAAGAGUUUGUUCAGCAGCCUCAGCUUUUGUAGCUGGAGUCAGCCCAGGCCAGGUGGAAAAGGCCUGCAAGGCAGAGAGUAGAUCUUCCAGGACUCAGCCAAUAUGGUUUCUGGCCUCUUCAGCAGAGACAGUUGGAGGCUGGGGUGUGAGAGGGGUGGUAGUUGUGAAGCAGCGUUGGGUAGAUAAGGAGUAGAGGAACAGCGUUGUUAAUACACACAAUCCGCUCUGAUUUCUGCUACCGUUGAUAUGUGUUUUAAUCCCCCAGGCAUUUGCUGCCCCAGUUUAGGUGCUAUUUUUUAGUGUUUCAUACUUGUUGCUUUCUUAAAUUGUGAUUUUAAGGUGGGGGUAUUUUGGAGGGGGGAUGACGUUGAUUUAUGUAGGCUCCUUUGAGCUGGAAAGGUGACCGUGACAUUGCUCCAAUACUGAGGCAGAGGGAAGGGAGUUGCUGUGAAGAAUGGGCAGGAGACAUCUCCCAGCGGAGAGCCAGAGCUGAAUAUUGUAGCCAUGAAUAUCCUGGUUGCGUCCCAGAUUCUUCUUUUCUUUGAUAUUGGGGGAGGGCUUUUCAUGAGUCUGUUCCUGGCCACACACACACCAAUUCAAAAUCAGGGACAGGCAGGCUGGAGAUGAAUUUUGCUAUCAUUAUUUAGCUGCAUUACGGCCAUAUCCCACUUUCCCCACAAGUUGGUCAAGGAAGUAUCCUUUUACCAGUGUUAAUUUCAAGCCUUUACUUUAGUCUUCUGUGUCCUGUGGAAAGUCCUGCCACUAGAGAUUCAAUGGGUGCCUGCUGUGCCAGCCUUUUAAUGCUUGCUGAAAAAUUUCCUCUUUUGCCAUGCCUGUACAGGUAAUUAAGAGUACAGUGGACACCCGGGUUGCAAACUUGAUCCAUGCGGGAUGCACGUUCGCAACCCGCAGUGUUCGCAACCCGCAGUGGUGCAUCUGUGCAUGCACGGGUUGUGAUUUGGCGCUUCUGCACAUGCACAAAGCGCGAUUUAGCACUUCUGCGCAUGCGCGACUGCCGAAACCCAGAAGUAACCCGUUCCGGUACUUCCGGAUUUCGGUGGUCCGUAACCCGAAAAAACACAACCUGAAGCGUCUGUAACCCAAGGUAUGACUGUACAUCCCUCACAAGGGGCUAUCGAUGCUGGGGUUUUUAAUUUUUUUUUUUUUACCUUAUUUUAGACUUUAUUAUGUUUCUUUUUUUUGUUUAUAUUGCUGUAAACCACUGUGGUAUGUUUUAUGAUACAUCUGUGUAUAAAUAUUUAAACAAACAAGCAAUUCUUUAAGGUAGUUUGGGCUGAGAGACAGGUCUCAGCUACUUUAGUAAAGAAGCAAUGAAUUGAAUGCGUUUUAAACAUGCAACACCUGAUGGCACCAGAGAGCAGGAAUGGUUUAAAACAUUUCCCAUGGCAAGUUUCUUCUUUUGUUUUCUUUCUGGCUUAUUUAUAGCGUUCUUUUCCUGUGUUUGGAUCCACCCACAGGGACUGACUGUCCCAAGGUCACCCACUGAGCUUCGCAGCUGAGCAGAGACAUUCUCUCUUUCCUCCAAGGUCUUCUCCCUCCUUCAUAUGACCUGUAAUCUCUUCAUCUUUAAACUAAAUGAAUAAAAAGAAAUGGUUUCUGCCGCAAAGUG